GCAACACCAGCGCCAGAGGCUUGAAGAGAAAGACGAACCAAAAGAGAAUAUCCAGUUAUUUCAUGAUGGCAUUUGCACCUCCAAAAAACAUAGGUGGUCCCAAAAUGCAGGCAAAGAUGAGUACCUGGACACCCCUAAACCAUCAGCUUUUGAAUAACCGGGUAUUUGAAGAAAGAAGAGCUCUGCUUGGAAAAUGGUUUGACAAAUGGACAGACUCUCAAAGGAGAAGAAUCCUGACAGGGCUGUUAGAACGCUGCUCCCUGUCACAGCAAAAGUUCUGCUGUCGAAAGCUUCAGGAAAAAAUUCCAGCAGAAGCUCUGGAUUUUACUACCAAGCUUCCAAGGGUGUUAUCUUUAUAUAUCUUUUCUUUCCUGGAUCCCCGAAGCCUUUGUCGUUGUGCACAGGUGAGCUGGCAUUGGAAGAACUUAACUGAACUGGAUCAGCUCUGGAUGCUCAAAUGUUUACGGUUUAACUGGUACAUCAAUUUCUCUCCAACUCCCUUUGAGCAGGGUAUAUGGAAGAAACACUAUAUUCAAAUGGUGAAAGAACUCCAUGUUACCAAGCCCAAGACACCUCCAAAAGAUGGGUUUGUGAUCGCUGAUGUUCAACCAGUUACAAGCAGUUCUCCAGAGGAAAAGCCGUCCCCUUCAUCAGCUUUCCGGUCCUCUUCCUCUUUGAGAAAGAAGAACCACCCAGGGGAGAAAGAACUCCCACCCUGGCGAUCCUCUGACAAACAUCCAACUGAUAUCAUUCGCUUCAAUUACCUGGACAACUGUGACCCCAUUGAGCAAAGCUGGCAAGGAAGAAGGAAAAGACACGAAAUGACCCCAGAUUUCAACCGACAGUCACGUGAUAAGAAAAAUAAAUCACAGGACAGAUAUAAACUAGGAAAAGCACAGUCACUGGUAUCCCUAAGUGCAGAACCCAGCACCCCCCUACACAUUCCAGCUCAUCUCGCUUGGCUUCCACAUCGACCAGUGGGGCUCCCAGCCCCUGAAGCAGCAACGAAAACCCUCAUGCAGCAUCUCCAGAGACACUCUGGGCUCCAGUCAUUACCCCAGGCCUUCCAGCCAAAGUUGAUUUAA